GGAUAACAGUUUUCAAAAAAAAGUAUGUGUGUGUGUUUGAGUGGGGGAGAGAGAGAGAGGUAUCCUGGUUAAUGCUUGCUGCACCCAAAUUUUGAAAUGUCUUAUUGUUUAUCACAAAGGAUUGGAUUCAACGAGGAUAUUCUAGAUCUGAAACAAAAAGACAAGUACUUCAAGAAGAGAGAAAAAUUCAAGUUUACCAAUCUGGACUUCUCCUUUUCUGACCCGAUGACCGACUGUGAAGACAUGAAGUAUAUCUGUGUGCGGAUCGAGAGGGGAGAUAACCCAAGAACCACUGGAGACAUCGUCUAUACUUUAAGAGGAUACCCAGACUCCAAUGCACAGACUGGUUGUACAAGAGCUCCAGAAUGUCGACGUAGUCAAGCUCAGGGGUCAGACAGCGUCAGCUCUGGCGAGGGUCUUUUGCCAUGUGUUUAUCGAGGAUUGCCGUACUUGCACUCCGAAAAGUGGGCUGUGGACGAAUGUACUACCUGUGCCUGCGACAAUGCUAGUAUUACAUGUGUGAUUGAGACUUGUCAGCCAACACUCUGCGAUACGCCAAUAAAACCUGAGGGAAUAUGUUGUAACAUCUGCUCGUAUAGUAGGUGUUAUGAUCGAUGGCAAUAUCUUUAAUUAUAUACUCAUUUAAACACAUUUUAUUCGCAUGCAUACAUUCUUAAAGACAGAGUCCAAUACAAUGAUUAUAGCUCACAAUGUUUUCAGUACGUUAAGCUCAUCACCACGAAGACCAGUGACGGAAGUUUAAGAAAAACUAGAUUUACAUUAAAAACCGAUAAUGCAGGACUUUUUUGUAGGAAAGAUAUUUUCGGAUGCAACAUCAUAAAAACAUAGAGAUCUUGAGGAAUCUUUCCCAGAUUCUGUCCUCAUGAACAGUGCACGCUAGUUGGGGAAGCACAACCUUGUGAUAGUAUG